ACCAGAGGAAGCCACUUAUACGACUGUGUAAGAAGAAGCUUUCUUUCACUGAGACACAGAGAUUCCAAUGGCCUCAAUUGGUGCAGUCAAAAUCUUCUUCUUCUCCUUCGCUUUCUGCCUCUUCAACUUUCUACCUCCUUCUCAAGGAAAACAAGAGAAAUUGAAUGCAUAUAGGUACCCAUUUAUAAGAAAAGCAAGCACAUUCCCAUCAUCAACACCAUCAAUCUCAGCACCAACAAACAACAACGGCUAUGACUACAUAAUAAUCGGUGGUGGAACAGCAGGGUGUCCUUUGGCAACAACAUUGUCACAGAAGUUCAGUGUUCUGUUGCUGGAAAGAGGGGGUGUUCCAUUCACAAACCCAAAUGUGUCAUUCUUAGAAAACUUCCACAUUACAUUGGCAGACACGUCAGCAACCUCAGCUUCACAAUACUUCAAGUCAGAGGAUGGUGUUUUGAAUGCAAGGGCAAGGGUUUUGGGUGGUGGAAGCUCUAUCAAUGCUGGAUUCUACACUAGAGCUAGCUCAAGGUUUAUAGAGAAAGUUGGGUGGGAUCCAAAGCUAGUGAAUGAAUCAUAUCCAUGGAUUGAGAAGCAAAUAGUUCACAGGCCAACGUUUUCAUCAUAUCAAAGAGCAGUGAGGGACAGCCUCUUAGAUUCAGGGGUGUCACCAUUCAAUGGAUUCACAUAUGAUCAUAUCUACGGAACUAAGCUUGGUGGAACCAUUUUUGAUAGAUUCGGACGCCGUCACACUGCUGCUGAAUUGCUUGCUUCUGCCAACCCUCAAAAACUUACUGUUUUGAUAUAUGCAACUGUCCAAAAGAUUGUUUUUGAUACAAAAGGAAAAAGACCAAAAGCAGUAGGUGUAAUAUUCGAAGAUGAAAAUGGGAAACAGCAUGAAGCAAUAAUUGGAAAUGAUAAAGAAAGCGAAGUGAUAGUGUCAAGUGGUGCAAUUGGUACACCUCAAUUGCUAAUGCUAAGUGGAAUUGGACCAAAACCAGAGCUAGAGAAAUUGAACAUCUCAGUUGUACUUGACAACCCUUUUGUUGGUAAAGGAAUGGUUGAUAAUCCAAUGAACACAAUCUUUGUUCCUUCAAAUAGGGAAGUUCAUCAGUCACUCAUUGAAACUGUUGGUAUUACCAAGUUGGGUGUUUAUAUUGAGGCUAGCAGUGGGUUUAGUCAGUCCCCAAAUAGCAUUCAUUGGCACCAUGGCAUUGUCUCACCUGAGAUUGGACAACUCUCUACAAUCCCUCCAAAGCAAAGAUCACAAGAAGCAGUUCAAGCCUUUAUCAAGAACAAGAAAGACAUACCAGUUGAAGCAUUCAGAGGAGGUUUCAUAUUAUCAAAGGUUGCAAAUCCUUGGUCAGUAGGUGACCUCAAAUUGGUCAACACAAAUGUCAAUGACAAUCCUUCUGUAACCUUCAACUACUUCAGCCACCCUUACGAUCUCCAUCGCUGCGUCGAAGGGAUCAAGCUUGCUACAAAGGUAGUUCAGUCUCAACACUUCACAAACUACACUCUGUGUAACAGAGAAACUACAGAGAAACUUCUUAACCUCAGUGUUAAGGCCAGUGUUAACCUUGUACCAAGGCAUGCCAAUGAUACUAAGUCUUUGGAGCAGUUUUGCAAAGAUACUGUGAUCACAAUUUGGCACUACCAUGGUGGUUGCCAUGUUGGGAAGGUUGUUAGUUCUGAUCAUAAGGUUCUUGGUGUUGAUAAGCUGAGAGUGGUUGAUGGAUCAACAUUUGAUGAGUCUCCAGGAACAAAUCCUCAAGCUACUGUUAUGAUGAUGGGCAGGUACAUGGGAUUGAAGAUUUUGAGAGAUAGGUUGGGGAAAUUGGCUUGAAUAUGAGGAGGAAAAGUAAAGUGUGCAGUGUGAAGAUGAGAGCAGCUAUCUUGCAGAUUAGGAAGGAAAAAAAAAAGAGUGUUAGUUAUAGGAUUGGAAGCUAAGCUAAAGCAGUUUAUUUGUGUAAUGUUUUGUAAAACAGUGGAAUUGUUAAUCAAGAAGGUCAUGGCUUCAUGACUUUUUGUGGAU